AGCCACCAGGGACAGGAGGGACACGGGAUGGGCGGGAGCGGACCUGGAUCCACCCAGUGCCAGCAGGCUGCCACGGGGCGGCCAAAGUGCGAGGCAGGUGUGACAAAAGGCAGCCACGGACAGGUAGGUCUGUGCCAACCCGGUGGGCACGGGGGGUGCUGGGGUUAGGAACGAGCUGUGGCCUCGGAAACAAGGUGUGUCACGGCUUGUGCCACCACUCUCUGCCAUCCCUCUCUUCUCCACCCGAGGACCAUGGGGCUCCGCAGUGUGACCAUCCUGCUGGGCACGGCCCUGCUCCUGCUGGCACCCGGCAGCACCCAGGUGAGCCCUGCCUCCCCUGCCCUCCUGCUGUCCCCUCUGCUGAGGGCACCCACGUGUGACCCGUGCCACCCCUCGGGACCCCCUUUGUCUCUCUCCCCACAGGCUCUGAGCAGCUCCUGGUGGAAGGACCUGGCCACAGUGCAGGAUCUGGCUGAGGAAAGCAUCCUGGGUGUGGGAACACCAGAGGAGGGUGAACCAGGUAUAAAGGUCUUCUCCAGCAGUGCUUGGGCUCAGAGGGGCCCACCCCAAGGCCAGGCAAGGCUAGAAGAGGAUGGUGACCAUCAGUACCAGCCCCAGGACGAUGCCAGGGAGACCCGUGUGCCAUUCUGGAUGCCAGUUCCAGAGGUGCAGAAUGGCCCAGAGGAGGAUCGUGACCACCUGUACCACCCCCAGGACAAUGCCAGGGAGGUCAAUGCCCGUGUGCCAUUCCGGAUGAUCGCCCCAAAGGUGCAGAAUGGCCCGGAGGAGGAUCUUGACUACAUCCACCAUGGCUGAGUGGAGGUGUGCCUGGGCUGUGAGAUGAGGGGUGGGAGCUGCCCCUGGGGUUUCCUGGGGAAAUUUGUCUCUCUACCAAGCCUUGAGCCCCACCAAUAAACCCAUCCCUUCUCCACAACCUGGUGGGCUCCUCAUUACUGCCAGAAACCUGCUGGGGCCUCCAAACCUGUAGGAACUCCCUCAGGGUUACCCCAAGGCGCCAGGCAGGGUGAGGAUAUGCCCUAGGACAGAAGACUCAGCCCAUCAUCCCAAUUCAGGUGAGGUUGAGACAAACUCAGCACAUUGGUUGUGCCCCAGAAGGUGCCACAGGCUGGGGAACACCCAGCCCUAUGCUCCACAAGGCUGCUCAUGCCCAGCCCAUCACGGAGAGCAGUGAGGGAGCAUGGGGGGGCUCAGUGAACCCCAACAUUUCCCAGCCAAGGCAGGACCUCGCAGCAAGGAUGCCCCAUGUCCCAGCAGCACCUAGAAAACCCUUUAAUAGUGAAGGCCGAGGUGGUCCCCACUGCUGGCUGUCACCCCGAGCAUGGCUCGCUGACGGGUCCCGGUCCCCU